AUGGCCGCGCCUCGACCGCCCGCGCUCCUCCUUUCCGCGUUCCUCGCGCUACAAGUGCUCUUCCUCUCCCGCCCGAGCCGCGGCGACGAUGCCCCGCCGUUCCCGGACUGGCUUGAGCGCCUCUACCCCGGCCUCGGCUCGGAGGUGUCGGGAGUGUGCGAAGGAAGCUUUGACGUCAGCGUGCACUGGGCGCACGUCUCGCGAUGCGCUCGCGUCACCGGGAGCCUCGCCGUCACCGGCAUCCUCCCCGACGUGUUCACCACGCGCGAGCCGUACAACCGCGUGCUGUGGACGGUCGACGGCGACGUCUUGAUCGAGCGCAACGCGCUGCUCGUCUCCCUCCGCGGCGCCUUCCCGGGGCUCACCCGAGUCGGCGGGAACGUGCGCAUCGUCGAUACCGCGCUGGUGCACCUCGCGGGCUUCGAGUCCCUCCGCGAGGUCAACGGCGCGGUUCUCGUGGCGGACAACGCGCGGAUGCUGGCGUUUAAAGACGGCGUCACCGUCGCGUUCCAAUCGCUCCUCUCCGUCGGCGGCUCGGUCGUCGUCUCGAACAACGCGGCGGAGGAACUGGACGGGUUCCGAGCCUUACGUCGCGUCGGCGUGGGCGCUGGUGGAGGCGGGGUCACGAUCGGGCCGUCGGUGGACAUGCGAUACGUCGUUGGGAGCGGCCCGGGGUGGCACGGAGACGUCACCCGGGGCGAGACGGAGGCGUUUCCUUCUCUGGAGUACGCCGGCGGGGACGUGGAAAUAAUCGGCGGCGACGGCUUGCGGAAUAUUAAGGGCGCGUUUCGGCGGCUCAUGCGCGCCGCCGGGACGGUUCGCAUCGAGGGCAACACGCCGGCGUUGGCGGAGGUGUCGGAUAGCUUCUCGCUGCUGGACUACGCGGGUGGCGACGUGCGGGUCCGGGGAAACACGAAUUUGGUGAUGGUUUCGCAGUCGUUCGUGUCCCUGAGAGCCGCGGGAGGCGACCUCUCGAUCGACGAUUGCGAGAGCCUCGUGCGGGUGGAGGGCGGCACGUUCAAUCGCGUGCAAUGGCUGUCCGGAUCGCUGAUCGUCUCUAAAACCGGGCUUCGGAGCCUGUCGUUCCUGUACAGCCUCGCCAACAUCGGCACCGACAUCGCCCUGCGUGAAAAUGCAUAUCUCAAGUCUCUCGACGGGCUCCAGAACCUUCGGUUCGUGGGGAGAGGCUACGCGCUUCAGGGUCUGGAAGGGAACUUUGGCAGGUGCGGCGCGAUAUCCGAGCGGUACGGCGUGUCGCACCAGUGCCACACGCGUCAGUACAGGUUCUGUCAGCCCCUCAGCAGGAGCCCGGCGCUCUCCGUGCCCGGGUGGUAUCGGUGCGUUGAUUCCAUCGCGACGAAACUUUUGACCACGCCCGAACUCAAGACCACCGCCGCACUGGCGCAAGCGUCCGGUCAGAUGGACUCGCUGCAGACGCCGGCCGCGGCGUUGACGAUGUUUGCGCCCACUGACGUGGGUUGGCUUCGAUCCGUCGGUCGACUCGACGCCAUACGUCUUCGAGCCGAAGCCGCCCAAAGUCCAAACGCGCUAUCCGAGCUGCUUCACGCGCACACCAUCAGAGGCGACGAGAUGCCGCGCGAGGCCCGGCGCGUGGAGUGA